AUGUACAUCUUUUCCAUUCUGUCUUUACUCCAUGCCAUCGCAUCUUCCGUCUAUGCCCAAUCUUCUUCUUCUACCACCACCACCACUUCCUCGAAUGAGGAUUGCAGGUGUGGAUAUUAUGAUACCGUGACUGGAAAUUUCUUUACGGAAUCUCUAAUCAUUUACUUCAAUGAGACCGAUACUCUUUCGGACGACUUCGUACUUCAGUCAUACGAAAACAAGUAUGAGAAGGAUUACAAUAGCAUAUUCCGUCAAGGUUCCAAUCCUAUCAAUAUCAACUUUCUCAACAAUUCAUUCCUGACACCCAACACCGAUGAUCCACGGUCUCAACUUUCGUCCAAAUCACGCUUCACAAGGCAAUCUUCAUCAAAUUCUACUCAUCAUGGGAAUGGCUCAACUACGACUAGCGGAGGAGGCAAUAACGACUCUCCAACUGCCAGCGAUCCAAUCCCAUCAUCAUCGCCAUUUUUCACAGCGUUGACGCCGUCGUUAAAACUGUCUGUAGACCCACCAACUAGCGACCACCUGGUAACAGGUGGUGGAAUCAGGACUGUGAGACAGGAUAUCCAAUAUGGUUCAGCACGUGCUCACCUUCGUCCUUCGAAUCAAGGAGUUGGCGGAACUUCACUCUCGAUGAUGUUCCGAUAUAAUGAAACAGAAUCGAUGGAAAUCAAUGUCAUGAACACCAACCAAAAUUCGACUUCUUGGGUGACAAGUUUAAUUCAUCCGGAAUUUCCGGAUUCAUCACUUGGCACAAACUUCAGUACUUUUGCCGAGAAGAAUAUUUCACUGUAUGAAUACAACGAGUUUCGAUUGGACUGGACGAAAAAUGAAGUUAAUUGGUACAUCGGGGACGUUCUUGUGAGAUCAAUUUCCAAGGAAAAUAACUCCGUACCAUCUACUCCAUCCCCUUUCUUUAUCAAGCAUUGGUCUACCGGAAAUCCAUAUUCGAUGCAAGGCCCACCCAUCUCUAUCUCAGAUGCAAAUAUAGGAUGGAUCCGACUAUUCUUUAAUUCAUCAUUGAUGAAUUCUACAGAUCAUGCAAAUUUCAACACUCAAUGCAACCUAACAGUCGCAUGUUCAAUGGAAAACACUACUUUACGUGGCUCCUCACCUUUCUCGUCAGCCGCUUUGAAUCCCUGGGAGCAGCGUGUGGCUCAUGGUACACUUCGAUGGAUAGCGAUUUGGUUCAGUGUAGGCUGCAUGAUGGUUACUUUGACAGCUCUAGUAAACGCUUUCCUCAAGAAUAAAGAAGAAAAGCCCCAACAUACCCCAGAAGACUAUAAUGGUGUGAUGAACCCUCCUUCUCCACCCUACGCCCAUUCCAGAAACGCAAGCUUAACUCCUGCACCGUCAUAUAGGACCAGAAUCGAAUCCUAUAAUUCGGAGUCAAUGACUCAAAUAUCUUCAUUCACCGUUUCAUCCGCAAGCCAGUCAGCUUCUGGUGAACGAGGCUUGAGUGGUAUUGGAUCUAUUGAACACGUAUAUAGUAGAGUUGAUUCCGAUUGGGAUAUUUGCAGAGAUAUUUCAGGCAACAACAGUGAUAAUACGUUAUCUGUCAAUGAGCUACCUUCUAACCUACCUCCCUCCUGGCCAAACUCACCCACCGCUAGUCGUUUCGAUUUGAACUCCAACGGACAGUCCAAACGUCUCUCGGGGCUUAACAAUUCUACCACUGUAAAUACAUUGGACAAUACAACAUACGAUUUUGUAUCGAACGUCACAGAUCAACAACAUCGAGAGGGAUCCCAAACUUACAUGGAUGCCCACCCGGGUAGGAAGGAUACUACAACUAUAUUUCCCACAUCGGCAUUUUCAACAAAUGAAAGUGCAUCCCCCAUCGAAACAAGCCAAAGAGUCGAUCACCUACCCGGUCUCAUCACUGUAGCAGCAAUCAGCGUAACAGUUCUCCACUUCUGCCUGACCUUCGUACCGGCAGUCAUUGCUCCUGGUGCCUUCGCCCACUAUCCGGCCGAAAAAUGGAUCAAUAAAACCAGCGAGCCUUUCUUUCUCAAUCAAGGGGCCCUCGGUCUUUUCUUCACAACCUCUGCUCGAUUCCUCGUUACUCCCUUUCUUCGCGAUGGUGACCUCUCUUCUAUAUCUCAGAAGAUCUUCAGUCGAGUCUUCCAAAUUAUGUUACCUGUCCUCGCGUUCGUCCUCCUCGAGUACUUUCUUAUUCUCUCGGGAGCAACUUAUUACCUUCCUUUCUUGCCAUCAAUUACAUGGAGUACCUGGCCUUACGUAACUCCUUUCCCGAACAUUGGAUAUCUUCUCAAUGAGGUUAUCGCACUCGCAUAUACUGCCCCUAAUGCAGUUCCCCUCAUAGCCUUCAACUACUGCACGGGUGUUCUCUGGACCAUUCCUGUGAUAAUACAGGGAUCAUGGACUACGCUUCUCGCUAUCCUUCUCGUAACUUCUAUUCCAAACCCCCAAAAACGGAUCCCUUUAUACUUCUUCUCGUUCCUCAUAAACUGGUAUUCGCUCUCAUGGUCCUCGUUCUUCUGGAUCGGCAUCCUACUCGCCGACCUCGAAGUUACCUACCACAUCCCAAAAUACCUCCAUAAACAUCCUCUCAUUUACUAUCCUCUUAUUUUAAUCCUCACAAUUCUCGCUCUGCUAGCCCUCAGCGUAGAUACUUUCAACCAAUGGCUAAACUACAGCGUCAUAACUAAAGAAACACUCAUUCAUCCGGACCCAACCACCGGUCUUCCCGCUACAAUCACUCAUAAUUCCGGAUACCCUGGCUACCCCGGCUACUGGAUUCCUCAUUUUAACGGCCUCAUCUUAUGCACCGCCAUCCAUUCCCUCGUGUCUAUAUCCCCCUUCGUCCAGUCAUUCCUGUCCGCUAAACAUCUUAUGAUUUUAUUCCCCCACGUCUUCAGCAUGUAUCUAUUUCACGGUAUUAUAUUCUGGUCACUCGGUGCUUGGGUAUGUAUUACGGUCAAUAACCUCUUACCGUAUUGGGCAGUCUUAAUUGUAACAGCCGUCGUAUGUUAUACGGUGUUGUUUUUAUCAUUGCCGUUAUUGUCGCUGAUAGUGUGGCUUUGUGGAAAAGGGGUCGCGGGGGAUGUCACGAGAGAUUCGACAGAAGAGCCAUUGCGAGGGCGGCCGACGCUAGUACCGUUUGGGAGAGAUUGGUUGGACCGAAAUGGGAUGGUCGAUGGGAUUCCUGUAGUUGGUGGGGUGGAGCCGGUUGAGGAGAAUGAGAUUGGAAGGAUGGAGAAAGGGAAAAAGAAGAUGGAUGGGGUAGAGAUUCGGAUUACUGAGUGUGGGGAGGAAGUUGUUGGAGAUCCUACCAUCAGUCAUCGCAACAAGAUGGCCAAGGGUAAGUUCGCCGAGGGUGAAGUGCAUAUCAAUGGAGAUCAGAUAAUGAAGGCUUGA